AUAUCCUAGAUCGGAUUAGUAUCGGUCUAAAACCUCAAAACCUUUCAAAAAAAUAAAACCUCAAAACCCCCUUUUGAUAAAACCUCCCGUCUCUCACGCAGCUCUUGCCGCUCACUCCCGUCGCUCAGGCGGCUCUCGUAGAUUUAUUGGUACGUGUUCUCUCCAUUAUCUCCUAUACUUAGACAUGGCUGAGGAUGAACAAGAUCAAAUUGGAACCAAUCCUCCAGUGGAAGGGAAUUCGUUAGAGAUAGAAGCCAAUGAUAAGAAGAGACAAAAACAGAAAAAUAAAAGAAAAAAACAGUUAUUAAAGGAAGCUGCCAAAGCUGAGAAACGUGGGGUUUGCUAUCUGAGCCGGAUUCCUCCCCACAUGGAUCCUUUGAAGCUUCGUCAGGUUCUUUCCCAGUAUGGAGAGAUACAACGGAUUUAUCUCACCCCUGAAGACCCUGCAGUACAAGUACACCGCAAGCGGGCGGGUGGGUUUCGAGGCCAAGAGUUUUCAGAAGGGUGGGUUGAAUUUACCAAGAAACGUGUUGCGAAACGGGUUGCAAGUAUGUUAAACAGUGAACAGAUAGGUGGGAGGAAGCGGUCAUCGUUCUAUUAUGAUCUUUGGAACAUCAAGUAUUUAAGUAAAUUCAAGUGGGAUGAUCUUACUGAAGAAAUUGCUUACAAGAAUGCCAUUCGGGAGCAGAAGCUAGCUUUAGAGGUAUCUGCUGCCAAGAGGGAGCGAGAUUUCUAUCUCUCAAAGGUUGACAAGUCCCGUGCUUUGUCUUCUAUUCAAGAACGGCUGAAGAAGAAGCAGAAGGUCCAACAAGAUUCAGUCACAAAUUUGGUUGAUCAGCCAGAGGUUAAGGUGAUCCGUCGAUUCUCUCAGACACGACCAGUUGAAGACAAGACAGGGCAGAUCAAACUUUCCAAAGAUGUCUUGGCUGGGGUAUUUGGUGGCUCAUCUUCGUGAUGUAUGUUCAUUGAUUGCUUUCAACCUGUCUAUCACGAGUUGGAUAGUUGCUACUUCUGAUAUGUAAAGGAGGCCAAGCAAUGGCAAAGUUGAUGAGGGCCUUGAGUGACUCAUCUGAAGUACUCUGGGGAUUACCAAGGCUGGGCCUAGUAAGUUCCUUGAGAAUUCAUUCCCCUCUGCCCUCCCCCACCCCAACUUACUGACAAUGUAAAGACGCUGUCCUUGUCCUUGAUGCUGGAUUUUGUUACUUGCUGAGUACAAAUGUUUCAUUUAGCAGAUCAUAUAAUGCAUUCAGUAACACUUUCGGAGUGAA